UUGCUGUGCUGGAUGAGGGAUGAUGAGCGCCGCACCCCGAGAGAAAUUCAUACGGAGACUUUAAUAACCCCGAUCCGAACCGUGGCGCACCAUCAGCUCCUGGCUUGUUUGGGCUUAUUUUUCCUGCCUGGGACCGGAUGGGAGACCCAAUGCUGAGGGAUUGGACUGUUCUGUCUGAAGGCAUCACUGAGCGCUGCUGCUCUGCUCAACUGGACGUUUCAACACAUCGAGAAUUUGCAGGUAACAGGUGCUUGUUGAGGAGCAUCCUCCUGCAGGCGCAGGAUCACCAUCCCACUGCAAUGCUUUACACACACACACACACACACACACACACACACACACACACACACACACACACACACACACACACACACACACACACACACACACACACACACACACACACACACACAUUUAAUAACCACCUUUCAUCCACUUCUCCCUGGCUGUGAGUGCUAUAAAAUGCUCUCUCUCUCUCUCUCUCUCUCUCUCUCUCUCUCUCUCUCUCUCUCUCUCUCUCUCUCUCUCUCUCUCACACACACACACACACAAACACACACACACACACAGCAAGGCCAUUAAAGUAUGUCAGUAUUUUUCAUGGAUUAUAAGCGGACUGAUAAUGGAGAUUCACUAAUGGUAGGAUGAUCAAUAAAAGCCACGGUCAGUUUUCAUCACUGGUUCCCUUCAUAUUAUAACACAUGCAGACAGCAAUGAGUCACAGACAGCUGGAAGAUGCUACAAGAACACAAUGUCUGUUUACCAAGCAGAUAUUUUAAGUUAGGCUGUUUUUAAUUACUUUACAUAAGUUUGCUUUCACAAAGUUCUCUGAUGAGUGGUAUCAAAAAUAUGCCAAGACAACUUUUCUUCUAAUUACUCCCAAAACAUUGAGAUAUGUUUUAGUUAAUGUAAAAUAAAUUAUUUCGUCCAAAUCUUAAAAAAAGGGCCGAAAAGUGAAUGUCAUAGAAAUUAAACAAUGCUUAAAUGAUGCUUUAGAGUAACAAAAUAGCAGUUUUCAAGCUUAUUUAUUGUUUUGUGAUUAGUUCAGUGUUACAUUGUUAUUAUCUGUUGUCUUUGUGCUACCACACCAAUGUCUUUAAAGCUUUACUUUGCUAAUUUUUCAUAUUUUUUAAAUUAUUUUCUUCCGGGGUUAAUUAAAUGUCACUCAGACCCUAUCGCCCUCUGUGGUGAGAACACUCCACUUGCAACUUCAGAGUGCAGGUGCUAGAUCGAAAUGAGUUUCUUUUCCAUCCAGCUUUGAAUUGGAACCAUCCACUUGUAAGAAAUGAGUGCCUUUACCCUAACCAUAACUAAAUCAAACAUAAAAAAAAACCAUAAAAAGUUUUGGGGAUAGGAUGGUAAUGGUCAGGGUCAGGGUUACGUUUUGUGAGUGGAUGGUUCCAACUCACAGCUGGGUGGGAAAGAAACAGAUCUCGACGGGGAAACUCAUUUCGACAUAACACCUGCACACUGAAGUUGCAAGUGGAGCGUUCUGACCACAUAGGGGGCGAUAGGGUCAGAGUGGAAUUUCAUUAACCCUGCAAGAAAAUAAUUUAGAAAUAUAUAAAAGUUGCAAAGCUGGGUGGAAAACAAACAGAUCUUGACGAGGGAACUCCUAUCGUCAUAGCAGCAGUUUGUCGACAUAGCAGCAGUUUGUCGACAUAGCAGCAGUUUGUCAGACUAGAAAAAAAGUGGAGCUGACAUAUCUGGCACUGCAGUCUGCUUCUAGCACGUUUCCUGCAUGUUUUUGAUCAGGAACACAGCUGAUUUGUUUGAUUUAGUUAUGAAUCGCUCAUUUAGACACUAAUGAAGGCUGAGGAGACAUAUCAGGUGUUAGACUAAGGUGUUAAAAAGACAAACAGUGAAGAGAUAUAUUUCACUUUUGGUUUUACUAAAGGGACACUAGGGGGUGCUAAAAGCAAGCCAAAAUGUCCUAGUCUCAUUGUAAACGUUUCAUUAGACUCAAGGUCCAAAGUGUUUCUGACUCAGUUAAGGUUUUGAGAUUUCAUAUUUUGUCAAAAGUGAAAUGAUUAAGUUGCCUUGGUCUUGGAGAGUUCUGACCUGUUUUAGAUCCUCCUGACCUAGAUAUCCUUCAAGUUGCUCGAGUCACAGAAAAACAAACUCACUAACUUUAACUGCCAGGUUAAACCAGCUGCUCUGAAGCAGUAAAACCGCCACGUUGACCCAAAUCCUAAAAGAAUACCUGCUCCUGCAUUUUGUUUUCAUCCAACUGAAACCAUCAAACCAGCAUUUCCACAGUUGUCAGAUUCACACAAACCCCAUCAGGUGAAUGCCGAGGUAAAGCUUUAACUUUGGAGCUUGUUUUUCUGUGAAAUAUUAUUGUUCUUCUUCUUUGUGGUUUAUUUCUUCAUAUUAAGAAAAGCAAGAAGUAAAUCAUUGUUAAAAUGACAAUUUUAAAAGAGGAACAGACUAUCUUUUGAAAACUGGUAUGAAUAACACACCUAUGAUAACAUUAUUUCACUUUAAUUGACUGAAAAUCAAAAAUUCUGUAACAAAACUGUUGAUAUAAACAAAAAUCAAAUAGCCCUGAGUUCUGAUAUCAGUCAAAAAUUGAAUUGUACUGAAUUGAACUGGUAGGGAAUCUCAUGGAUCACCAUGAAGCACUUCAUUUCUUACCCUUUAAGACAGGCCUCCGUGUCUGGUGGAGAAACCACAUGACUCAGCAGAUCCGGACUGGAAGUGUGCUGCAGGACUGAAACCAGAUCCAGACUCCUCACACUAACAGUCUCAUUUGCCUUGAGCAGCCUGGCGCCUUUCAGCAUGGCCGAGAAAACCCUGGAGCAGGGCUCGGUCAGCAUCCCCAUGGAGGAGACCAAACUGCCUGGAGGAGCCCCCCAGGAGGCGCCACUACUCACUCACCUGAAGAAGGUGGAGAACCACAUCACGGAGGCUCAGCGCUUCUCCCAUCUCCCACGCCGCUCUGCUGUGGACCUGGAGUUCAAAGAGCUGUCGUACACCAUCAGGGAGGGUCCCUGGUGGAGGAGGCGAGGAGGGAAACAGAAGUCACAUCAAAUACAUGGUUACAAAGCUCUCCUAAAGUGUCUGUCGGGACGAUUUUGCAGCAGAGAGCUGAUCGGCAUCAUGGGUCCUUCUGGAGCAGGGAAAUCCACUUUGAUGAAUAUUUUGGCAGGAUACAGGGAAACUGGAAUGAAGGGCACGAUCCUGGUGAACGGCCGGCCGAGAGAUCUCAGGACCUUCAGAAAGAUGUCAUGCUACAUCAUGCAGGAUGACAUGCUACUGCCACACCUCACAGCAAGGGAGGCCAUGAUGGUUUCUGCCAAUCUGAAAUUAAACGAGUCCAUGCAGGUCAAAAAGGAACUUGUGGAUGAGAUCCUGACAGCCUUGGGCCUACAGGAAUGUGCACAGACCCGCACCAAUUCUCUCUCGGGGGGUCAGUGUAAAAGGCUGGCCAUUGCUCUGGAGCUGGUCAAUAACCCUCCAGUCAUGUUCUUUGAUGAGCCCACCAGUGGUCUGGACAGCGCUUCGUGCUUCCAGGUCGUUUCCCUCAUGAAGUCCCUGGCUCAGGGAGGACGGACAAUCAUCUGCACCAUUCAUCAGCCCAGUGCCAAGCUCUUUGAGAUGUUUGAUAAGCUGUACAUCCUCAGUCAGGGUCAGUGCAUCUACAAGGGAACCGUUCCUUAUCUCAUCCCUUAUCUGAAGAACUUAGGCCUUCAUUGUCCAACAUACCACAAUCCUGCUGAUUUCAUUAUUGAGGUGGCAUCUGGAGAAUACGGAGACCUGAACCCGGUUCUGUUUGAGGCGGUCCAGGGUGGACUGUGCUCAGAAGAGGGCAAGAAGAACUCCAGAGACAAAAGUGACUCUUCUUGUCCUUCUCAGUGCUACACUGACACGGGAACCCUUGAGAAGCAUAGCUUUGCCACGAGCACAUUCACACAGUUCUGCAUCCUCUUCAAAAGAACCUUCAUCACGAUAUGCAGGGACACGGUGCUGACCCAUCUCAGGGUUAUGUCCCACCUGUGUAUUGGAGUCCUUAUCGGACUACUUUAUCUCAAAAUUGGAAAUGAUGCAAGCAAGGUCUUCAACAACACUGGUUUCCUUUUCUUCUCCAUGCUGUUCCUCAUGUUUGCUGCGCUGAUGCCAACAGUCCUGACCUUUCCUCUGGAGAUGUCCGUGUUUAUGAGGGAACAUCUUAACUACUGGUACAGCCUCAAGGCCUACUACUUGGCUAAAACUAUGGCAGAUGUACCAUUCCAGGUGAUUUGUCCAAUUAUGUACUGUAGUAUAGUGUACUGGAUGACGGAGCAGCCUGCAGAGGCGGGUCGAUACCUGCUCUUCAUGGCCUUGUCGACCUCCACGGCCCUGGUAGCUCAGUCUCUGGGUCUGCUCAUAGGAGCUGCAUCCACGUCUCUACAGGUUGCUACUUUUGUAGGUCCAGUCACAGCCAUACCUGUCCUCCUCUUCUCUGGUUUCUUUGUCAAUUUCGACACAAUUCCAAAAUACCUUCAGUGGAGCUCCUACGUCUCCUACGUCAGAUACGGCUUUGAGGGGGUGAUACUGUCCAUCUAUGGGAUGAACCGCUCUGAGCUGGAGUGUCCGGACACUAUGUGCAAAUUCCAAAAACCAGAGGAGGUCCUGCAGCUUCUGGAUGUGGAGGAUGCAAAGCUUUAUGUUGACUUCAUGGUUCUGGGGGUCUUCUUUCUCAUCCUUAGACUGGCCACCUACUUUGUUUUGCGCUACAAAGUCAAGUCGGAGCGUUGAGACAUCCAAAGGACAACACCGAACUCAGCAGCGUGAUAAAACAUAUCGCUUCUCCUUUCUUUGUCUCUCCUUUACAUUCCCACAGACACAAAUCCAGCUCCUACGAUCAUCAGAGACCUGUGCUGCACCCCAACAGCACCACCUCACACAGACUGAAGGGGUUUGGUUAACAAAAGAAUAGAAAAUGGUUCCUGCGCCUUGAUGGUUCUGAAAAAUAAAGAUGAACUGCAUCAAGAUGACGUAUUGCAGAUCUACGGGAACCAAACAAAGUAGCAUGUUUCAUUAAACCUGAAAAAAAGAACAUGUCCAUGUAAAGAGCUUCAUGAUUAUGGAAAACAGCCUCCAACCAGUUCCUCUUAAGGGUAUCCAGUACAACUUCAGAGUCAGACCAGUUGCCCUCAUAUAAACGGACCCUGUCCAUGGGAUUAAACCUCUUGGAUGAAGAUCUUUACAGAAACAAGUCCAGGUCAAGCUGAACAUGCUGACUUGUUUUAAUCAGACCGACUGCCACUGGAUGACUUUCACUUGUCUGCUCCACCCCUGAUGGUGGUUUGAAUCCCGGAUGACCCGUCUGUGAACUUCGACCACACCGUCCAGUCCGUUCUUCCUUCCUGUUGUUUCUUUUUUGCCGUAACAGAGGGAGGAGUCAGUGAGCUGGAAGCUAAAUGUGAACCUGAGCCUCCAGCCUGAUGCAAGAACCUGUUCUAAAAGUCUCAAUGACAUUCCAGAGAGAGAGUGCAACAGCUCAAACUGCAGGUUUAAAAGAAAAUGUGAAGUUUGUCCAAUCCGUGUCCCUGGUUUGACUCUGCUCUUCUUUUAAGUGCUCGUUUCCUCUUGUUGUAUGACUCUUCAGCUGCCUCCUUUCCAUCCUGAGCUACUAAAAUAACGUCCCCUGUCCUUCUCCUCAUCUUCCUCUCUGCUUCGCUGAUGUCUGACACACGUGUGUUGUCCAAAAACGAUGCUAGAUACUUGAAAUGCUGGCUUUUUCUGUGCCUCUGAACUAUAAACGAUUUAUGUUUCCUCUGCUUUGUUGUUUUUGGACUGCUUAUGUCCACCUACCUGGUUGUCUCACACACUGAACAUACCUCACACACACACACACACACACACACACACACACACACACACACACACACACACACACACACACACACACACACACACACACACACACACACACACUCACCACCAUUUAGAAGAGCCUCUCCUAGUCACACAACAAUGCAAAUAUUUUCCAAAAGACUUGUCAUGAAAUAUUUGGUACUCAUACUAUGCUACGUAGUAAUCCUUAUGAUAUAAUGCAUUACAUAAUGGGAGUAUAUAACCAAUGAUUGUACAGUGAGUAUGUCAUGCUGUAAACAAAUGUAUAUUUGCACUUUCAGUGUUUGUUCUUUUUUAUUUAUUUGUAAUUUAGUUUAUUUUUAUAUAUUAAGACGCGCUGCUUGGAAGAAUCGUGGGUUUUAAAAACAAGCACCUGAAUGAUGUUCGAUCACUUAAAGGAUGACUUUUUAAAAUAAAUAUAUCAAAGUUCAGAGAGCAGCAAAAAGGAUUUGAGAUCUUUUACCCAGAUGUUUGAUCCGACAUGGGGGAAGAAAUGUAAAUCUUCUGCUUCUUCUGCUGAACAACUGUGGAUUGCUGGUUUUAAAUGAGGAGAGAGCAUCAGAGGUGGUCAUAAAUGUGCCAGAAUGAGUCGACGGUGAGCAAAAUGUAGCUGAAGAGGGUCAGAGAGAGAGAGAGAGAGACGGCUGCAGCAGCAGGCUUGUUUCUGUCAUCACAGCAAUAGUCCACAUCGUGAUGUUGUUAGUUUCCUCCUCCUGCUGUUGCUCCAGCCCCUUGAUCAGUCCUGACUUCCUGUUGGGUUUAUUAUGUGCAAUAACAUCCAAAGGUAUGUGCAGACUCUCCUUUUGUUGUGUUUUUGUAUCUUUUGUUUAUUUGAUUUGUGUCCUGGAUUCAUUUCGUUCAUUCUCCUGGGCAGACCUUGCUGUUUUAAUGAUGGGAGUUGCAACAGAAGAGAAAUCUGAUUUCUGACUCCAGGAGUAGGUGACGUUUGGUUUGGUCGUUUUAAAAUGCUUCUGUUCUUCUCCAUGAGUUUGUUUGGCAACAACUGCAGCUUUUUGAUGAAGUUGGCCUCGAUAAAAACUAGAGAAUGCAACAAAGGUCCUCGGAGCUGUUCCCCAGUCUCUUUGACACUUUUGUCAACUCACUCUUUCAUAUGUUUUUAUAAUAAUCCACCAGACUGAAAUGCACUUGUCCUGCAUGGUAAACAGUAUGAUUCAGGCUCUUUUGAGAAAUAACAAAGGGGAUCAGAGUUUUUUUAAACCUUGCUUUUGAUUUCUUCUCCAUUCUUUAAUUAUGAUUUUAUUUUGCUCCUCUGUCAUUUUUUAUGCUUUACAGUUUUAUUUAUGGCUAGUCAACAAACUCAAGUUCUGUAUACUGAAUGCUGUUCUAAGGAAUUACAAUAAAGAGAAUUUAUAACCUUU